AUUCGCAGUAAUAAAAAAGAACGGCCAAGCCCCUUUGAAAGUGUUUUAAAACCUCCUCUAUUUUAUAUUUUACAAUCGUAAUGUGUCAUCUUUCACAUGUUUACAAAUAAUAUUUAUUUGUAUAAAUAAUAACCGCUAAGUGAUAAAGUUUACUUUUAAUUAUUACCUACAAUAAUAUAUCCGAAUCUUCCUGUAAACAUGUCUGGCACAUUAAAACCGUAUUUAACAGCUGUGAGGCGUACGCUUACAGCAGCGAUGUGUAUGGAGAAUUUUCAGUCACAAAUUGUUGAAAAACACAAUAAACCUGAAAUAGAAGUCGGUAUGAGUAAAGAAUUAUUGUUGACUCCAGUUAUUGUAAGUAGGAAUGAUAAGGAAAAAGUUUUAAUUGAAUCGAGUAUUAAUAGUAUGAGGAUAAGUAUAGCUGUUAAACAAGUUGAUGAAAUGGAGAGAAUUUUGUGUCAUAAGUUCACAAGAUUCAUGAUGAUGAGAGCUGAGAAUUUUAUGAUUCUCAGGAGAGUACCUGUCAAAGGAUAUGAUAUAAGUUUUCUUAUUACAAAUAUUCAUGUUGAACAAAUGUAUAAGCACAAAAUAAUAGAUUUUGUUAUACAUUUUAUGGAAGAAAUCGACAGAGAAAUAAGUGAAAUGAAAUUAUCUAUGAACGCAAGAGCUCGUAUUUGUGCUGAAGAGUUUUUAAAAAGGUUUUAAUAAGCAAAGAAAAAAAAACGAUUUAAAAUCGUUAGCGAUAGCUCUGCAGUGGAGAGAAAAAGAAAUCAACGACAGAGGAUCUUUCGAAUAAUUUAUUUUUUUUAUUAUUUUUAAUUCUGUACUACGACCAAUAAGCAAAUAAAUAAAAGGAUAAUCAGGGCAAUUUGUAGAUUAGUUACUAAAAAACUAAACAUUAAUCAUUUUUCAUAAAUACUCCAGAGAGUCUAUCGCUCACAUUGUGCAAUUUAAAUACACGUACAGACUAAAUGAAACUUAAAAAAGUAAAAUCAUGCAUUUCCAUUCCGAUAAAACACUUUGUUGAUAAAAAUCGUUUUUUAUUUUAUUAUAUUUUUAAUAAGUACUUCAACACCUCUCAUCUUUAAAUAUAAAUAUAUAAAUAAUAAUUGAAUAAGUUUAUUGAUAAAAAUAAAAGUUAAUUUGUAACAACUGCCGAACGGAUUAAAACAAAACAGCAUUUAGAUAAUGAAUGAUUGUAAAAUACUUGUUAUAAAAAUAAAAUGAAAAUAAAACAUAGAAUUAUAAGGUGCUCUUUGGUCUUUAUCGAUAGGGUGUAAUUGCUAAUUAAAAUAGUGAUUACUUCUUCGAACUUCCAGCAUUGUAAUUUAUAUUUAAUAAAUCUCUAUUGAGUAAAUAAAAAU